GCGUUGAAGGAGAAACUGGAGGUCCGCAUGGGGAACAAUGCACCUGCACGAUAUGCAAGUGCAAGCCAUGCUUCGGCAAAAUUGAGGCCGAAGAAGAAUGCACCUGCAAAGUAUGCACCUGCAUAGUUUGCAGCAAAAAACGCACGGAAAAGGCAGCUACGGGAGAGAAGGAGACACAUUCGCCUGCUUGCACAUGCGAUUUGUGCCAAUGUGGCCCGGACACAGCAGGAGCAGGGGAGGGAAACGUUGCUGCAGGCGCUGCACCUGCCCUGGAUCCCCCGCCCUUCGAACCUUUCCAGCGCAUUGACUGCAACUGCCAAAAAUGCGAUUGUAUAAUCUGCUCUCAGGGCAACGCUUCAGGAGGAGGAAUGGUCUUCCGCUCCAUGCACCCAGACGAUUAUGUGGCGCCACCUUUCGAACCUCCAAUGAGAAUUGACUGCAUAUGCACCCGAUGUAGUUGCGAGUUUUGCAACAAAGAAGCACCGCAACAGAAAUCCGUAGCUGCUCAACCAUCGACCAACAUAACAACAGGUGCUGUGAUGAAGAAAGCGGUUUCAGUGCAGCAACCCGCACAGAUGGCAGGUCAGCAAUCUACGCAAAUAAUCACAGGAAAAGAAUCAGCUGCGCAUGGACCAGGCUGCAUGUGCACCACAUGUACUUGCGACCCUUGCAAACAAGAUGCUUCCAAGGCUGCUCUUCAAGCAAGCAAAUCUGCUACAGGCGCAAAAGUGGAGCAUCCUCCCGGCUGCAGUUGUAAGGCAUGUGGGUGCGAUUCUUGCAAGUAUGGGGGUGCAGCUGAAAGCUUUGUGAGCGCGAAAGGUUCAAAGCCUGCUUUGGGAGUUGGAAAAUCUGAAGCUGGACCUCUUCAUUGCAAUUGUCCCACCUGCACUUGCGCUGAAGGCAUAAUAAAGAACACCAUGUUGGACAAGCCGUCAGCAGUAGCAACAGCUGCACAAUCUGGAAACCUUCCGAUAUCGCGGUCGGCUAAAGGUACAACUGAUGGUGAUCCGUUUUUGAGUGCGGACACCCUGGUUUUGCCUAAACCGGACAUUCGGCAAAUGUUUCCGGUGCAUCCUGCCGAUUGCGAUUGCGCUCAGUGCUCUUGUCAGCCAUGUGCAGACCCCAAGAUGGGCGGUACAAACAUAAAAGAAUCUGUGAAGAAUAUGGAUAACUUGGCGCUGGUGAAGAGCAUUCAAGCGGCCAACAAGGAAAAUUGCGAAUGCAAAGGGCAGAUUGAAGAAAUCAAGCGAACUCUUGAGAAAAUCAAAUGUGCCUGCAGUGAGGCCGAGUUUAGAAGUACCCAAAGCAUGGGGCAAACGAUGGGACUCGAUAUGGCAGGAGCCGGUCCGAAACCCUUUGUUAAACAAGCGUCUGUGUUCGGUCAAACAAUGUCCGGACUGAAGAUGGCUUUGAACAAUUUGCAGCUGAAAUGCAAGGCCAAGGAUAGGAUGAUUGAAGCAAUGACUUGCGAACUAUCUCAAAGGGGCUCUCCUGAAGUCUUCGAUAAAGUUUUGGAUGAUUCUGUUAAGAUAGCGAUGGCCUUGGACUAUGACCAAGCCGAAGAUGUAAAAUCGCUGGACAGAGCACAGCUUGCCACCAGCAUACUUUACGGGCCUAUCAAAGUAAAAGAUGGUUCUACUGCACCGUGUGAUCUCCGAUGUGUUGCUUCCAAAGGAGUGGAAGUGAGGACACAUAAACACAAAAAGAAACGGGAAAAGGCAACGGAGAAAAAAGCUGAUGACUGUGAAUGUUCCAAUCCGCAGGUCACGCAAAAAGCGGAAAAAGACUGCCAGAAACUGGAUCUGUCCGGGUUCGAAGUGAUAGACAUCCGAAGGAUCACAGACGAUAGCUUGAUAGUGAAGUGGAAUGCGCCCAAAAACGAGCAAGUCAUCGGCUACGAUAUCUUUGUGAACGGCUCUGUGGCAACUAAGGUGAUGAGUGGCGCCAGAACGAGCGCCAUGAUGCAUUCUCUGGACCUUUCCAAAAGCGUUCAAAUUACCAUUUAUGCCAUCACCAAGUGUGGAAGAGUAGAACCACCGGCAAUUGCCAUAUAUGAGAUCAAAAGCUGAACGAAUUUCAACUAUAAGAACGACUGUGUAAAAAGACAUUGGCAUGAUUGUACCUGUUGUUUUUGAAAAAAAUCUUUAAUGAUAA